GGGAGGGGAGGAAGGCGCGCAGGAACCAGGCUUUGCAAACGCUGAGACCAAAGGAAACCGUAGCAUCGCGGGACAGGGAAAUGAAAGACUUUGGAAGUCGCCAGGAAUUUGACUGUGUGCACUGGUUUCCAAGAGGCUAAGCUUCUCCAAGUGGAUAUUAAAGAGGAGCAGCGAGAGCCAGGCGGAGGGGCUGGAGGGGGUGGAGAGAAGGCCGCCGGAAGCCGCACGCUGCACCUCUGAAGCCACCCCGCACAGCCCAGACGCCGGUCCUCGCGCCUGCCCGGAGGACCCCGAGGCCCCAGACUCUCUCAGGGCCCACGUCCGGCCUCACUCCUGCCUCUUUUUUUAUUUCUCUCCUUCGCUGCCUUUUCCCUCCCGAUUCAGAGACAAUGCUGCUUCACUUUGGAGCACGAGCAUAUGAUCAGCACAUGGAAAUGUGGUAAUUUGGAUGCAUUCGUGAUUGCAACAGAUUGAAGAAAUUAGACCAGACAAAGAGUGUUUUUGGAGGAGGAGGCAGAAAGAGGGAGGGCGACGGGGGUGAGAAAGGGGAGGACGCCUCUGAAGGGGGGACGCUGGACCCCGCCUGCUGCUAAAUAUAUCCAUAGUCAUGGAGAGAGACCGGAUCACAGCCUUGAAAAGAUCUUUUGAGGUUGAGGAGGUCGAGACGCCCAACUCCACCCCACCCCGGAGGGUCCAGACUCCCCUGCUCCGGACCACGGUGGCCAGUUCCACCCAGAAAUUCCAGGACCUGGGUGUGAAGAACGCAGAGCCCGCGGCCCGCCAUGUAGACUCCCUAAGCCAGCGAUCCCCAAAGGCUGCCCUGCGGAGGGUCGAGCUCUCGGGGCCCAAGGCUGAGCCCGUGUCCCGGCGCACCGAAAUCUCCAUCGACAUCUCGUCCAAGCAGGUGGAGAACACCGGCGCCGCUGGGCCGUCCCGGUUCGGGCUCAAGCGGGCCGAGACGCUGGGCCACAAGACGCCAGAGCCCGCCCCUCGGAGGACGGAGAUCACCUUAGUGAAGGCCCAGGAGUCAGCCCACCGGAGGAUGGAGACCCCCACCUCCAAGAUCCCCGAGGUGCCCGCCGCCCCCACCGCUGACGCAGCCCCCAAGAGGGUUGAGAUCCAAGUGCCCAAGCCGGCUGAGGUGCCUGCCUCCCCCAUCCCACCCCAGACCCUGGAGAAUUCAGAACCCGCCCCCAUGUCUCAGCUGCAGAGCAGGCUGGAGCCCAGGCCCCAGCCCCCCACGGCCGAAGCCCCACCCAAGAGCCAGGAGGCCACUGAGGCAGCUCCCAGCUGCGUGGGUGACAUGGCUGACACCCCCAGAGACGCCGGGUUCAAGCAGGCGCCCGUGCCGCGGAACGAGAAGGCCCCGGUGGACUUCGGCUAUGUGGGGAUCGACUCCAUCCUGGAGCAGAUGCGCAGGAAGGCCAUGAAGCAGGGCUUCGAGUUCAACAUAAUGGUGGUUGGGCAGAGUGGCUUGGGGAAGUCCACCUUGAUCAACACCCUCUUCAAAUCCAAGAUCAGCCGGAAGUCGGUGCAGCCCACCUCGGAGGAGCGCAUCCCCAAGACCAUUGAGAUCAAGUCUAUCACGCACGAUAUCGAGGAGAAGGGUGUCCGCAUGAAGCUGACGGUCAUCGACACGCCGGGGUUCGGGGACCACAUCAACAAUGAGAACUGCUGGCAGCCCAUCAUGAAGUUCAUCAACGACCAGUACGAGAAGUACCUGCAGGAGGAGGUCAACAUCAACCGGAAGAAACGCAUCCCAGAUACGCGCGUCCACUGCUGCCUCUACUUCAUCCCUGCCACCGGCCACUCCCUGAGGCCCCUGGACAUUGAGUUCAUGAAGCGCCUAAGCAAAGUGGUCAACAUUGUUCCGGUCAUCGCCAAGGCCGACACACUGACCCUGGAGGAGCGGGUCUACUUCAAACAGCGGAUCACCGCGGACCUGCUGUCCAAUGGCAUCGACGUGUACCCCCAGAAGGAGUUUGACGAGGACCCGGAGGACCGGCUGGUGAACGAGAAGUUCCGAGAGAUGAUCCCGUUUGCUGUGGUGGGCAGCGACCAUGAGUACCAAGUGAAUGGGAAGAGGAUCCUUGGAAGGAAAACCAAGUGGGGCACCAUCGAAGUUGAGAACACCACACACUGUGAGUUCGCGUACCUGCGGGACCUCCUCAUCAGGACGCACAUGCAGAACAUCAAGGACAUCACCAGCAGCAUCCACUUCGAGGCCUACCGGGUGAAGCGCCUGCAUGAGAGCAGCAGCGCCGUGUCCAAUGGCGUUGAGGAGAAGGAGCCGGAAGCGGAGGAGAUGUAGACACCGCCCCACCCCAGGACCCUGCCCCCGAGUCUUUCCCGUCCCCCUGGCCUGCCCACUGCCCCCUUUUAUUUUAUAUGGUUUUCUCCAUGUGUCGUGGUUCUCCGCCCCUUUCCAUGCUGCCGAGUAACAAGAUAACGAGUUCCCUCCUGA